AACCUAAAUUCCCAGAUCCAACAGAAGCCGCUUUUCGUCUCUGUCCCUUAUGUGAGCACAGAGUCGCCUCAUUAAACUGAUGCGUUUAAUCAUCAAUUCAGCCGUAUCCCUCCCUCUCUCCUUCCAUUUAUCCCUCUCUUCCUCCAUUUCACGUGUGUGUCGUCGAGUGUGUGGACGGGUCAUGGCGUCAAACGCCACCACAAAGUUCUUCGCUCUCACACAGUCUUUUAGUGUUUCUGAUAUCAUCGUGAUCGGAGCGUAUUUUCUGCUCAAUGUUGCUGUCGGAAUAUGGUCAUCUUGCAGAGUAAGCAGAAACACACUUAAUGGCUACUUCCUGGCUGGCAGAGACAUGGCCUGGUGGCCGAUUGGAGCAUCUCUGUUUGCCAGUAGUGAAGGAUCAGGACUGUUUAUCGGCUUGGCUGGCACCGGGGCAGCAGGAGGCAUCGCCGUGGCAGGGUUCGAAUGGAAUGCAACCUAUGCACUGUUGGCCCUGGCCUGGAUCUUUGUCCCAGUGUAUGUGUCCUCUGGGAUUGUCACGAUGCCCGAGUAUCUGGGUCGGCGGUUUGGUGGAGAGAGAAUUCGCAUGUAUCUGUCAGCUCUCAGUCUGAUGUUAUCCGUGUUUACCAAAAUCUCAACAGACCUGUAUUCUGGGGCCUUGUUUAUUCAGGUGUGUUUGGGUUGGAAUCUUUACCUUUCCACUGUGCUCAUGCUGGUGGUCACAGCACUCUACACUAUUGCAGGUGGUUUAGCUGCUGUGAUUUACACCGACACACUGCAGACCUUCAUCAUGAUCACUGGCACAGUCAUCCUCACCAUCACAGCGUUCAACAAGAUUGGUGGUUAUGGCAAUUUGGAGAGCGUGUACCUCCAGGCUGUGCCGACGAAGAUAAUCCCGAACACGACGUGCCACCUGCCACGGGCUGACGCCAUGCACCUCUUCCGCGACCCAGUGCACGGAGACUUGCCCUGGCCGGGAAUGACCCUCGGAUUAACCAUCAUCGCUACCUGGUACUGGUGUACUGAUCAGGUUAUCGUACAGAGAUCUCUUUCGGCAAAAAACCUGAGCCACGCUAAAGGGGCAUCGAUUUUCGCCAGCUACCUGAAAAUGCUACCGAUGAUCUUCAUCAUCCUUCCUGGCAUGAUCAGCAGAGCGCUCUACCCAGAUUCGGUGGGCUGUGUGGAUCCUGAGGAAUGUAUGAAGGUGUGUGGAUUGGAGGUCGGCUGUUCCAACAUCGCGUUUCCCAAACUGGUCAUCGAGCUCAUGCCUAGUGGGCUGCGAGGCUUAAUGAUUGCGGUGAUUAUGGCUGCCCUGAUGUCCUCACUGACCUCCAUCUUUAACAGCAGCAGCACUCUGUUCACCAUGGACAUCUGGAAGAAGUACCACAGAGGAGCGAGCGAGAAGGAGCUGCUGUUAGUCGGCAGGAUCGUGACGGUGAUCCUAGUUGUCAUCAGCGUGGUCUGGAUCCCGAUUCUUCAGAACGCCAACAGCGGACAGCUCUACGUUUACAUCCAAUCAGUGACCAGCUACCUGGCACCACCUGUUACUGCCAUCUUUGUCUUGGCGGUGUUCUGGAAAAGAACAAAUGAGGCAGGAGCGUUCUGGGGUUUGAUGGUUGGUCUGGUUGUCGGUGUCACGCGGAUGGUUCUGGAAUUCGCCUUCCCGCCCGCUCGCUGUGGGGUAUACGACCCCGCGCCGCCCGUCCUGCGGAGCGUCCACUACCUGCACUUCGCCAUCAUCCUCUGCACCAUCACCGUCAUCGUCACCGUCACCGUCAGCCUCCUCACACCCGCCCCCCCUGAGGAACAGAUUCACAACCUCACCUGGUGGACCCUGAGACGCAGCACUGAGACAGAUAUACCUCUACAGAAAGUAUCAACAAUUAAUCGGAGAACAGAGGGUUGUGAGUCUGUGCGCAGAGGGAAGUGUGUUCGCACUGCCGGCUUUUGUAGUCCUCGGCCUGAGCGUGGAGCUCCCAGGUCUCCUGUCAUUCAGAGCAUGAGGGAAGACCCGUUUUGGUCACGAUUCUGUUGCGUCAACGCUGUUAUUCUCAUGUGUGUUAAUAUAUUCCUUUAUGCUUACUAUGCAUAACACACACACACACACACACACACACACACACACACACACACACACACACACACACACACACAC